AUGGCGGAAUAUGAAGAAGGCUACGAGUAUGAUGAUUACGGAGAGGAGGAUGCGGGUAUCACGGCCGAGGACUGCUGGACGGUCAUUUCGUCGUUCUUUGAGGCGAAAGGUCUGGUCUCACAGCAGCUGGAUUCCUUUGACGAAUUCGUUUCUACGACCAUGCAGGAGCUUGUAGAGGAGGGUUCGCAGCUCACUCUCGACCAAAAUAACCCUCAGGCCACUGAUGACAACGACAUUGCCCUUCGACGAUAUGAGAUUAAGUUUGGGACCAUUUUGCUGUCGCGUCCAGCGAUGACUGAAGGUGAUGGAUCGACACAGGUCAUGCUGCCUCAAGAAGCAAGACUGCGGAACCUGACCUACGCGAGCCCUCUAUAUAUCGAAAUGACUAAGAAGGUCUCUGUAGCUGUUGAACGCUCUGUUCCCCUUAACGAGCUCGACGAAGAGCAGGAGGCUGAGAUGGCAAGGACGGGCGAACAUCCAACAAGACUUGUCUGGGAAAACGAGGACGGCGACUCCGAGGAAGGCGAGAAGUCCGAGAAGCCGCCUGACCGAGUCUAUAUCGGGAAGCUGCCAAUUAUGCUGAAGUCAAAGUACUGUAUCUUGAGGGACCUCGACGAAGAUGAUCUCUAUGCUUGGAAUGAAUGUCCAUAUGAUCAGGGUGGCUACUUCAUCAUAAACGGCAGCGAGAAAGUCUUGAUUGCGCAAGAGCGAAGUGCUGCCAAUAUCGUCCAGGUCUUCAAGAAAGCACCCCCGAGUCCAACUCCUUUUAUUGCUGAGAUUCGGAGUGCCCUUGAGAAAGGAUCUCGCCUCAUCUCUUCAAUGACUAUCAAGCUUUUCGCCAAGGGUGACGGGCAAAGAGGAGGCUUUGGACAAACCAUUAAAUCCACACUACCAUAUAUCAAGACUGAUAUUCCGAUUGCUGUUGUUUUUCGCGCUCUCGGUGUUGUUUCCGAUGAGGAUAUCCUGAACCACAUAUGCUACGAUCGCAACGACACUCAAAUGCUGGAAAUGCUGAAGCCGUGUAUCGAGGAAGCAUUUGUCAUUCAAGAUCGAGAGGUCGCUUUGGAUUUCAUUGGGAAGCGUGGGACUGGUACCACCCUGACUCGAGACAAGCGUGUGAAGCAUGCUCGUGAUAUCAUGCAAAAGGAAUUGCUUCCUCACAUCUCUCAGAAAGAGGGAAGCGAGACUCGAAAAGCAUUCUUCCUUGGCUACAUGGUUCACAAGAUGUUGCAAUGCGCCCUUGGGCGACGAGAGACUGAUGAUCGAGAUCAUUUCGGGAAGAAGCGCUUGGAUCUUGCAGGACCACUGCUGGCCAAACUCUUUCGAACUUUGUUCCGUAGAUUGACAACAGAUGUUUACAAAUACCUCGUGAAGUGUGUCUCGGAAAACAAGGAAUUCAACCUCACACUUGGUGUGAAGUCCACGACUCUCUCGAACGGUCUCAAAUACUCUCUGGCUACCGGAAACUGGGGUGAUCAAAAGAAAGCAGCAAGCUCGACCGCUGGUGUUUCUCAGGUGCUCAACAGAUAUACAUUUUCGUCCACACUUUCGCAUUUGCGCCGCACGAACACGCCUAUUGGCCGUGAUGGAAAGAUUGCUAAACCACGACAACUGCACAAUACUCAUUGGGGUCUGGUGUGUCCUGCCGAAACACCCGAAGGACAAGCUUGUGGACUUGUCAAGAACUUAGCUCUAAUGUGCUAUGUCACCGUUGGUACGCCUAGCGACCCAAUUAUUGAGUUUAUGAUUCAAAGAAACAUGGAAGUUUUGGAGGAGUAUGAGCCCUUACGGUCUCCAAACGCCACAAAGGUCUUUGUAAACGGUGUCUGGGUUGGUGUGCAUUCGGAUCCUGCACAUCUUGUGAAAACGGUGCAGCAUUUGAGACGAUCGCAUUUGAUCUCUCACGAAGUUUCCUUGAUUCGAGAUAUUCGAGACCGAGAAUUCAAAAUCUUCACUGAUGCAGGCCGAGUUUGCAGACCACUGUUCGUCAUCGACAACGAUGUGGACAGCGCGAACAAGGGCAAUCUGGUUUUGAAUAAGGAGCAUGUCCGAAGGCUCGAAGACGAUCAGACAAUGCCUGCGAAUAUGGACGCGGAUCAGAGAGCCAAUGCAGGUUAUUACGGCUUCCAGGGCUUAAUCAAUGACGGUGUUGUCGAGUAUGUGGAUGCUGAGGAAGAGGAGACUGUGAUGAUUGUGAUGACCCCCGAAGAUUUGGAUAUUUCUCGGCAAUUACAAGCUGGGUACCAAAUCAGGCCCGAUGACAGCGGGGAUCUGAACAAACGUGUGAAAGCACCAAUGAACCCUACUGCUCAUAUUUGGACUCAUUGCGAGAUUCAUCCCAGUAUGAUUUUGGGAAUUUGCGCAAGCAUUAUUCCCUUCCCAGAUCAUAAUCAGUCUCCUCGUAAUACCUACCAGUCUGCUAUGGGCAAACAAGCUAUGGGAGUGUUCCUCACCAACUUUGACCAGCGCAUGGAUACUAUGUCAAACAUCCUUUACUACCCCCAGAAGCCUCUUGCUACAACUCGCUCUAUGGAGUUCCUUAAAUUUAGAGAACUCCCUGCUGGCCAGAAUGCCAUCGUUGCUAUUGCUUGUUAUUCGGGAUACAACCAAGAAGAUUCCGUUAUCAUGAACCAGAGCAGUAUCGAUCGAGGGCUGUUCCGAAGUCUAUUCUACCGUGCCUACACCGAUCAAGAAAAGCGUAUCGGCAUGAAUGUUGUUGAGCAGUUUGAGAAGCCAUACAGAGCCGAUACUCUGAAGUUGAAGCAUGGAACUUACGAUAAACUUGACGAGGAUGGAAUCAUUGCACCUGGUGUUCGUGUUUCUGGAGAGGACAUCAUUAUUGGAAAGACUGCUCCUAUGGCACCGGAUGCUGAAGAACUUGGACAACGUACCAAGGCCCAUACGAAGCGUGAUGCCUCCACUCCUCUUCGAAGUACUGAGAAUGGCAUUGUUGACCAAGUUCUCAUCACAACCAAUUCUGAAGGUCUUCGAUUCGUCAAAGUGCGCAUGCGCACAACCAAGAUUCCCCAAAUCGGUGAUAAGUUCGCUUCUCGUCACGGUCAAAAAGGUACCAUUGGUAUUACCUACAGACAAGAGGACAUGCCCUUCACCAGACAGGGUAUCGUACCUGAUAUCAUCAUCAAUCCUCACGCUAUUCCGUCUCGUAUGACCAUUGCCCAUUUGAUCGAGUGUCAGUUGAGCAAGGUCUCCACUCUUCGAGGUCUUGAAGGUGACGCCACACCUUUCACCGAAGUCACUGUCGACUCAGUCUCGAAGCUCCUUCGCGACCAUGGGUACCAGUCUCGUGGGUUCGAGAUCAUGUAUCACGGGCAUACUGGUCGCAAAAUGAUGGCCCAAGUCUUCCUUGGACCGACCUAUUACCAGCGCCUGCGACACAUGGUCGAUGACAAGAUCCAUGCUCGUGCCAGAGGACCAGUGCAGAUUUUGACCAGACAGCCUGUGGAAGGUCGUGCAAGAGACGGUGGUCUACGUUUCGGAGAGAUGGAGCGUGAUUGUAUGAUCUCGCACGGAGCUGCGUCUUUCUUGAAGGAGAGAUUGUUCGAGGUAUCGGAUGCCUUCAGAGUUCACGUCUGUGAAAUCUGUGGGCUGAUGACUCCAAUCGCGAAACUCUCGACGCAAAGUUUCGAGUGUCGACCUUGCAAGAACAAGACCAGAGUCUCGCAAAUCCACAUUCCAUAUGCCGCGAAACUGCUCUUCCAAGAGUUGGCUUCCAUGAACAUUGCGGCCAGGAUGUUCACCGAGAGAUCUGGGAUAUCGAUCCGCUGA